AUGAAUGAAUCACCGCAUAUUGAUUUAAAUAAGCAAAGUAGCUCUAUCUCGCUUGUCAGUGAAAACGAUGACACGGUUGAUAACUCAGCUUAUAAAAGGGGCCAACAAAGCAAAUGGUCCCGUACUCGUAGAGGGGACAAGCGAGAUGAUAGUUCGAAGAGACAAAGAAAAACGCUCGAAAGAGAUUAUAAGAACGAGGAAUAUGUCCCACGAUUAGACGAAAAUGGAAAUCCUCUUCCAAAAUCUGAGAGGAAACCUAAAAAAAAGGUAGCAUGUAUGAUUGGAUAUUGUGGUACGGGCUACAAUGGAAUGCAAAUUCAAAACAACCCUGAUGUGAAGACAAUUGAAGGUGACUUGUUUCAAGCAUUUUCAAAAGCAGGUGCGAUCUCUCCAGAAAAUGCUGACGACUUGAAAAAGAACGGAUUUAUGAGAGCUGCUAGAACUGAUAAGGGAGUUCACGCGGCUGGAAAUGUUAUUUCUUGCAAAUUGAUCAUUGAAGAUGAAGAUAUCAAAGAAAAGAUUAAUAGGGAAUUGCCGGAACAGAUUAGAAUUUGGGGAAUUGAAAGAACAAAUAAAUCUUUUGAUUGUCGAAAGAUGUGUUCCUCGAGAAUAUAUGAAUACUUGUUACCUACCUAUAGCUUGUUGCCUCCAAAACCAGGAUCCGUUUUGAGUAAUUUGAUGAAUAGCAAAAACAAAGCGAAUCCAGGAAUUAUUCGAGUUGAUAAGGAAGGAAAUGACUGGUGGCAGAAAACAAAGUUGGCUAUCGAAGAAAGUGGAAUCACCACCGAUCAAUUGAUUCGUGUAGAGCUGUUGUUGACUAAAAGUUCGUCUUCUUUAGGAGAAUCAAGGGAACCUUUAAAGUUAUACGAUGAAAAUGGGACUAUAACUGAAUCUGGAAAGUUGAUCAAAUCUGUUAAAGCUAUUGAGAAUCAAAGGAGAAGGUCUUACAAAGUUUCUCAAGAAAGGCUAAAUUUAUUCAGACAAGCUAUGGAUCAAUAUGAGGGGUCUCACAAUUUCCAUAACUUCACCUUGGGUAAACAUUACAAGGAUCCCUCAGCCAGAAGAUAUAUCAUAAAAUCGUCUGUCUCCGAUCCAUUUGUCAUAGAUGGUACCGAGUGGGUGUCUAUCAAGAUUCAUGGUCAAUCAUUUAUGUUGCAUCAAAUUAGAAAAAUGAUUGCUAUGGCGGUAUUAGUAAUUAGAACUGGAUGUCCUCUCGACAGAAUUAACAAUUGUUAUGGUCCGACGAAGAUAAAUAUACCUAAGGCUCCUGCCUUAGGCUUGCUUUUAGAAAACCCGGUAUAUGACGGUUACAACUCAAUGUUGGAGAAAUUUGGGUAUAAUAAAAUAAACUUUCUAAAAUAUGAGAAGGAAAUGGAUGAAUUCAAAAUGAAAUUCAUUUAUGACAAGAUUUAUGGUGAGGAAAUAAAGGAGAAUGUAUUUUAUGGCUUCUUUGGGUUCAUAGACACUUUUAAAGGAAAAGAGGAUUCAGAUGAAGGUAAACAUAUAUUUGAUUUCUUGGGAGCUGUUUUUAACUCUGGUGCUGAUGAGAAAAAAGACUACUCCAAUGAUAAAGACCACAACGAUUUAAUAAGUGAAGAAUCUGAACUUCAAAAGAUCUAA